GCAUAUCCGGGUUGGGAGCAGACACAGCUGAGACGGAGGACCGAGCAGCAACGCUUCCUGUUGCUCGAAGGGGUGGAGAAGCAAGGGCUUGGAAAGAGAAGGGAGAUUCGGGCUUGCAAGGCAGCCAAAGGGGAGUGUUGUGGCAAAGUGACAAAGGAAGGGGGAAAGGAGGCAGCACAAGAGUUCAAGGCACAGAUUUGGCAUGAGAAGGAGCAGUGUCUCUGGCAGGGUGUGACAGAGGUGGAGCAGGGGCAGUGCUGCGUGGAGCAGAGCAAGAGAAAGCUAACAGCUUUAUGAGUGUCACAUUCCCAUCCUUCAACAUGAGUCACGGCCUGGGUGCUUGCAAGAGACUCGCUCCCUUCAUCCAUGUUCCAGCCUGCCCUGGGAGCGGCCUGCCAUGAAACCGACUGUGCGUCUGUGCAAAAGAGCCCAUGGAUCCCUAUAGUUAAGUUAGUAAGGACAUCUUUAAUCCAUAUAUCUCCUGAAUGUGUUGGAAUUAGAAAGGAAGGAACAACCAAAACAAAAGAAAGAAAGAAAGAAAAGAAAAAGAAAAAGGGAGGCUUAUGCUGGAAAAGGAGCCAGGGACUGACAUUUAUGUGGAGUUCUGAGUCCCAGCUUGGUGAUGUGAUGGAUCCUAAGCCCCAGCCGCUGUCCUCCCUCCUUCCCUGUUCUGCUGCCAAUGGACGUGGGGGGCCCAAGCAACCAUCAGGCAACCCAGAGACAGCCUUAGGAGAUGCCCGGCCAAAGCCACCUGUGAAACCCAAGCCUUGUGUGCUGCCAAAGCCAGCCAUGCCAACAAAACCUUCCCCUGGACUGCGGCAGUCUCUUCCUGAGGUGCCCUCAGCAGAAAAAAUAAAUUUUCUGGCUGGGCCAAAGCCAUACAGCAGUGGUGCUGGCAAUGCUGUUAAACGCCUUUCUUUUAGUCUCAACAAGUGCCCUCCCAAAGAAGCUGCCAAUGGGAAAGAGGCCCUACAUCUAUUUCCUACUCCAGUCAAGACAUCUGGAGAAGAAGAAGCUGGGACUGCAAAGAAAUCCAGUGCAGCAGAUGGAACUUCUGGGGAAGAAUGUGAAGAAUCCUCUAUUAUAUGCAAGGGUGCUGUCCCCUUCAAAGUGAAGCCAGUGCCAGUAGUGGCCAAACCAGAGCGUUUUCCUGGGACCACAGUAGAGGAGAUCUUAGCCAAGCUAGAUAAACCCAUCAAAGUGGGGCCAAAUAACCCCGACAGGCCUCGACUUGUGCGUUCAUUUUUCAGCCAGGAUGGUAGCACAGCUGUUCAAUUGGGACCUAAAGGUUAUGCUGCAUCCAGGAGAUACUCCAGCGGUGGAGAAGGGGAAGGAACUGAGCCAGAGGAUCCUACCUACAGAGUCUCUGAUGAAGUUGAGGAAAGCUGUUUGUCAAGGAACAAGGAAGAAACUACAAGCUCAAAUGGCCAGCAUGUGCCUGAAACUGAGCAACCAGCAGGAGCAGUAGAGAGAAACACAGAUGUCUUCUCUAGAGUCAGCAGCUCCAGUCGACCUAGCAUGAGCUGCGAUGGAGGCCGAGCUGGACAUAGCAGUCCACCAUCUCCUCCUGGUCCUUAUCAACCCACUGCUGUGCUUUCUUCUGGAGUCACACCUGGGUCUCCUGAUGCCCCUGCUGAACCUGCCCCAGGUGCCCCAUACUUGCCACCAGAUCUUCCCAGCACUCAAACUCAGCUUCCACCAGGUUCUCCUGAUGCAGCUGAACCCUUCAGAUCUCCUGUUCAAGUCUCCCUUGGUCCUGCUCAGAUUCCAGGUUCCCCCGUGACUCUUCCAAAUCUUUGGUCCCCAGGAUCCCCCAGUGUUAUAAUUAAAACUUCCCCAGGAAGCUCCCCAUCUCAGGGACUCCCAGAUCUCUCUCCAGGGCCCCCAAAGGUAUCUGCCAGCUUGACCUGUGUUCCUGUGGCUCACAGUCUGGAAACUUCUCAUUGUCUCUUGGGAGUCUCUGAGUCCCCUGGUUCCCCCAGCACUUCUCAGUUCCACAUUGGCUCUGACCAGCCUCCUGGUUCUCCCUCUCGCAUGCAGGACUCUUGCUUACUCUCUCAGGACCAGGAUUCCCUUAAUAAUAAAGAACAGAGAGAGACCCUUGAAAGCCCACAGAUUUCUCAGUUAGGCCUACGCCGUGCCUCAGAGGGAGUGGUGCAUCCACGGGGUAAAAAGCUGGUCAGGGAGGAGCUGGGAGGGUCCUUAUCUGUCCUGCCAAGUAAAGGGGGGGCCCUUAUAGAACAGGCUGCUGCUGGAGAGUCCAAUUGGAGCCUGUCUCAGUCCUUUGAAUGGUCAUUUCCUAGUCGGCCUCCAGAAUUGGGUGGGAGGAGACUGGGAUCCCCUCCUCAGUCUCCUAUUCAGGAGGCUGAUGACACUGGCCUCUUGGAGACAGAAUUGGGAAGAAAGAGCCCUAGGCUGGAAGGGAUGCAUGAGGAACCAGGUUUAGAAGGCCAGGGCAGGAGUGGAAAAGAGGCUGAGGCUUACAGGACCUCUUCCUAUCCCAGUGUCUCCAAGGAUUACCUGGAGUUCCCUUCAGUCCUUGGGGUGUCAGCACCUGGAGGUCCUUCUGCUCAGGAAGAAGGUAGCAGCCACAAACUGAUUAGCCCUAUUCUAGCAGAAGAGAUUGAUUUUGAAGAAAAGCAUGAGGGCUUCCUGCCUCUUUCCCCUACCCAUGGGGAAGGGGCUUUACGGGUAAUGGAGUCAUUGCCAAGUGUUGAGCAAGCUGCCCUAUCUGCAGAGCCUUGCAUCUUUUUCUCAGAAGAUGCCCAGGUGCAAAUGGCUGCUUCCUGCCAGGAGGACAAUAGUGCUCUGGCACGAGCACAAGGAGGCAAGGUAGAGGAUGUUGACGUAUUGAGGGUGACCGAUCCUGACCCUGGAUCUCAUUGGCUGGAUGAACUUCUGGCAUCUCCUCCACCCAGUGCUGAUGAUACAAAGAGGAGAGGCAAAUCCAAUCCGGAGGAGCCCACAGGACCAGAGGAUCUCCUUGGAUGGUCACGGAAGGACCUUUGUAGUGAGUUUGGCAUUGUGGGAACAAAUCAGCCUGACACCUAUGGCAUGGGAUGGGCUGCUGGUGUCAGCAAGGUGGAUUGGCCUAGUGAGACGGAACAGGAUCGAGAGUUUGGCACUGGUGUACAGGACUGGCCAAGUUCAUAUAGCAUUGGUGAUCCCAAAAUGCAGGAUAUGGAAUUUGGUGCCAUGCAGCAAGACUGGACCACUGGGACACCUUUAAUGGUUAGUUCCAAUCCAAGGCAAGAAGACUGGCUUAAUACUUAUAGUGGCAGUCACACCGAGGAGCAGAUUAAGGAAUCGGAUUGGAGCAGCUCGUAUAGCGUGAGCAGUGCAGAGUGUCAGGACAGAGAGCCAUAUGUGAGGAAGCCUGGUUGGCCCAAACUCUGCAGUGCUGAGGAUGAUCAGGGGAGCAGUGAGUUUGGAACCGAGAAGACAGGCUGGAGCAGAGAGUAUGAUUCUGGUGAAUCAGAAGAAACAGCCUGGCCAAAGAAAUGCAGUAUAGAAGCUACCAGCUGUCCAGAACUGGAGAUCAACGCUAAAUCACCUGCUGAUAGCCAUCAGGAUAUUGGACUGAGGACUGAUGAUCACAGAGAUGUGGAUGUUAUCUCUCACAGGGCCACAUUCAGUGCCAGUGAAUCAGUCUGGCUUAGUGACUCCACUGCUGGUAGUGCUGACCAAAUGCAAAGAGACUUCAGUACCCACCAAUUAGAUCAACCCAGCGAGCAACCAGAUUCUCAGGUUAGCACCCACCAGCACACAUGGCCCAGUACAUAUAGAUUUGAUGGUAGGGGUAGUCAAGACUCUGAACUGAAUGAAAAGGUAUCUGACUGGCCUAACCGAUACGAUAAAGGGGUUUCCCAAGGCCACACUGGUAACUUCAAUGCUGAAAAACCAGAUGGAGCUAGUGAAUAUGUUGAUUGCAGAGCAGGUUGGGAAAGAGAAGUAGAUAAUGGAAAUAGAACCACUAAAUCUGAGUCUGACAACCUGGAAUUCUGUGUGCAGAACUCAGUCUGGGCUGAUGAUUACAAGUUGAAAGAAACUGAUGCACAAGAUGAUUUUUCUACCAACACAAGAAUCUUGGACAAAGAUACUGAUCUUUCAGGAACUGAGCAGAAAAAAGAGUUUGGUGCCAUAGAGAAGGCCCAAAUUUGCAGCUUUGGACAAUUAGAUUUACCAGGUGAAAGGGUGAUGGUGGAUGUGGAGGAGAUGGGGGAUAGUGGGAUAGAUUUGGGUGGAAAUCUGAGAACUAUGGCCGGAGUUGAAUUCAGAGGAAUUGGAGAGGGGCAGUCUAAGUGGGUACAAGAACUUGGCCUCACAGAUACGGAUUUAUCCAGUGACCUGAAAAUUGAAAAGCCAGACGUCUUUAAAAAAAACACAGAGAAGGAGCUGCAUUGGUUUCCUUCCCUGGGCUUGGAAACCUUGACUGUUUCAUUAGAGGCAAUGGAUACCAGAGAGCCGGGUGUGGGACAAGCAGAUAUUCCCUACAGAUCUAGUGCUGAAAACAUGGACGUUUCUGAUUUAAGGCCCAACACUUUGGAUGGGACCGAGAAAGUGGGGCCAAAUCAGAUGGAUUGGACAGAUGAACAGGAGCAUAAAGACACCAGUUACCACUAUGGAGCUAUUGGUUUAGAGUGUGAUACAAUUCAACACCAAGGAGAAACCGAGGACUCUGCAAUGAGAAGAUGUUAUACUCAACGACUGUCCAGUCCCAGCUGCCUGCUGGAAGAGAUGAUUUCCAACAAAGAGGUAGCCCAGCAGAAGAGACCCAUUUCUUUCCCCAGCUGCCAUUUAGAAGAAGGAAUGAAACUGAGCAGCUUGCCUGAUGAAAAGGUGCCUGUAACUGAAGAAAUCAGGUUGAAAGUAUCGCCUCUUCCAGCAGUGGAAGAUGAAAACAUUUUGUCUAUUGUGGAUGGCGGGGAUGACAAAUUUCAGAGAGGAAAUGAGAAUCUUCCACAUCUGGAAUCAAGGUCACAAAGUCACCCAGAGCAAAAUGGAAGCCGGGCUGUGGAACCUGUGUCUCAGGAAGCUCAGGCUUUCGAAGAGAUUGUAGCAGUGGCAAGAGAAGACUUCAUUUUCUUGGAGGAUACAGAGGUUCUCGACAGCACUGCCUACCGUGACCGUGCUAAUUUGGGCCGUAAGCGGGGUCAUCGGGCACCUGCCACCCGGUCUGGCGGUGCUCUUUCAGAGAGUGACAGAAAUAGCUGGAUGUUCAAAGAUUCCACAGAGCCUCAAACAGCUUCUGUAGCUUCAGAGGAAGAAAUCCAUGAGGAGCCAAGGAGCAGGAAGUCACGUAAUUCUCCACUGACCAAAGGGGUAAAAGUGCCCCUCUUCCCAGGCCUCAGCCCUUCAGCAUUGAAGGCGAAGUUGCGGGGGCGAAAUCGAUCUGCGGAGGAAGUUGAUCCGCAAAUUGAGGCCAAGGAGGCCCCUGUACAGCGCUCUAAAUCAUGCAAGAUUGCCAAUGUCAGUGGGAAGCCUCUGGUGCUGCCACCCAAGCCAGAGAAAUCCUCAGGAUCUGAAACAUCCUCACCCAAUUGGCUGCAAGUCCUGAAGCUGAAAAAGAAGAAAUAAUAAUACAAACAUUCAGAUAUUGCUCUCCUGCUCCUGGGGCCUUGACAGCAGAUGUUCCAGUGAGCUGUUCAUGGGUGGGAGGCACCUGGUGGUUUUGGAGCCAGAAUCCUCAUCCAACAACUUUGAGGGAUGGUGCCGGGAGGGAUUGGGAGGGGAGAGGGAGAAUGAGGCACAUUUAUGCACUUUGUAUCACAUUCACUCACUCAUGCAUAUGGCGGACAGAUUCUCUCUGCUGCUAUCUUGGCUGUUUCCUCCUCCUUUGUUUUUCCUUCUUAUACCACAUACAAUUUUAUAAAGUCUCUAUUUUUUGUAAUCAGUCAAGGAGCUUUAUGCUGGCCCCUUUUCUUUCACCCCAAGGUAGGGAGGGAAGACAAAGAGGUGAGGCUUCGGCUUCUCUCUGCUGCCAUAUAAUGCAUUUCAGACAAAAGAGGAGUGGAUUUUCCCCCUCAGUCACUUGAAACAAAUAAAGGUUUUAUGGUUAUGGAA